CAAGGCUUCUAGUAAAACUGAGGGGUGGCUGGAGACCUCUCAGCAUGGAGGCAUCCUAGACAGAGCCCACCCAGACGCUGACUGAGCCGCAUUCCUCCCCGACCUAAGACAGGUGCAACUCUGCAGGAAGUUUCAGCCUGGCUAGCGGGGGAUUGGUAGAAACUGUAGGAGGAGGAACGCCCAGGGGCCAGAGGUGUGUUCCGGGCGGAAAGCACAGGUGGGGCCCUUGGGUCUGAGGACAUGGAGCUGGGCUGGUACAGGCUGCGGCUUGGAUUUGGGCUAGACCAAAGAAGGAAGCUGGGUGUGUGCAGUGUUGUCUAAUCCGGUCAGCUGCAUCCAGCAUCAGCGCCCAGUUGCAGGUGGUGGCGUAGUGAGAUGUGAAAUCAGACAAGCCCGGUCACUGCUUGCUUUGCCCCAGCCCACGCGAGGGGACCUGCCCAAGUCCGCGGCUGCCAGGAGCGUGUGAUCCUACGCCCACAGUAGAGUUGCCAAAGGCGAGCGUGCUGCAGUGCGGUGUGAGGACCGGACCACGAUGGGGACACGGCUGGUGCUACUGGUGCUGGUGCUGGCAACCUGCGGCCCUGAGCUUGUGGUGGCCCUGCAAUGCUACACCUGUCAUGAGCCUACUGGUGUGUCCAGCUGUGUUACCAUUGCCACCUGCAAUGCCAACGAGACCAUGUGCAAGACCACCCUCUACUCCCUGGAGAUAGUGUACCCGUUCCUGGGGGACUCCACGGUGACCAAGUCCUGUGCCAUCAAGUGCGUGCCCUCGGACGUGGACGGCAUCGGCCAGACCCGGCCGGUGUCCUGCUGCAACACGGACCUGUGCAACGUGGACGGGGCGCCCGCCCUGGACGGCGGCCGCAGCCUGGCCUUGGCGCUGGCACUCCUCCUGCUCCGGAGCCUCAGCUUGUAGAGCCCCCGCCCCCUGCGCCCCCCCCUGAG